AUGUCUGCUUCACCAGAGCUCGAAGCUCAACUCGACCUUCUUCAACUACUCACCUCGAUGUACACGUCCACCGAAUUGCUCUUACCUGAAUCCACACAGUCCAUACUAGACACAUAUUUGGAGGAUCCGUCUUCUGAUCUCAGUGUCCAAGUAGUGGAAGAGCUGGAAUGUGAAUUGGAAUUACCCAUAGAUGAGUACAACGCCAAUUCCGAGAAGGUCACAUUCCAAUUAUAUCUGUCGACAUCUAUGAAAGACGUGAAGAUUCGGUUCAAACAACCUACAUAUCUGAACAGAAGUCAGUAUGAGAGCCUACUUCAGGAUAUACCUCAAUACGAUGAGAAUGAGGAAUCGAGCGACUACAUCUUGAACAUUAUAGAAUCUAUAAAAACAAGUUUGCAAGUUAUACUAGAACAGUCGACUUUGCAGAAUCAAGGAUUAGAGGUGAAAGAAGAAGCGCAAGACAAACAGAUAGAUAGAGUUUGGUUCUGGUUGCCUUCUUUGUCAACUAGAGAGAAGAGAGACGAUAUGGUCAAUUUUGCUAAGGAAGUUGGAUUGACGGGAUUCGUGCUGGCUGGCAAACCAGGUAUACUAUGUGUCGAAGGCAAUCCUCAAGUGAUCGAUAAGUACAUGUCAAGGAUAAAAUCCGAAUCUUGGUCGGAUAUACCAAAACAUCAUAAGAAGAUAACAGAAAGACUUCGUCGGCCUCUCCCAACACCCGACAAGAGGGCGUUCACCGAUAUGAAGGAAAUAACGGAUAUAAUACCGCAUUAUGGGCAAUAUAACCAUCGAGGUGAUAUGAGUGAAGUCAAGAGGUUGAUGGAUCAGUGGGGUGUAGGCGAAGAUUUCGGUGCAGUGGUCAUGAAUAGCGGAUCAUGA